AUGGACGCCUCCCAGACCCGCACGCAGCCGCGACCCAUUGUCCAGACGACCGCGCCGCCACAGAGCUUAACGCUGGACGUGCGCUCGCCGGUGGGCGUCAAUGGUAGCUACGAUUUCGACAAGAUUGUCAAGGCCGGCCCACUGCUCAAACGCACUCGCAAGACGAAGAACUGGAAGCCGGUUUACAUCGUCCUGCGCCCCAAUAUCAUCUCCAUCUACAAACACCAAGACGAGUCCAAACUGCGUCACCAACUCAAUCUCUGCGACGUGACGGCCGUUGCGCGCCAGAGAGAUCCCAAGAGGCGUGACAAACAUGUUUUUGGCCUGUUCUCGCCCUCGCGCAACUUCCAUCUCGAAGCGGCGUCGGAAGAAGAGGCGCAGGCAUGGGUAGAGGCGAUUCGAAGGGAGUCGCGUAUGGAUAUGCAAGAGGAUGAGAUGUUUUUGGCAAGUCCGGGCGGUGCGAAUGCUUCCUACAGGGGCUUCGAGAGGAGCAUCGACGCCAACAUAAGUCCUCUGGCCGACGAUCGGGCUGCAGGGUACAGCUCCUCCGAUGCCGACGCAUACUCGCAAAGCCAGUCACUGCCGAAACGGAAUCAUCGUGCCAGUGUGGCCAUGGCCAAUCGUCAGGCUUCCCACGCUGACUACUCCGGUGCCGAGCAUGGCUCAUAUUCAGACUUCUCUGACUCCGCCCUGGGUCCGACAGCUCGCAUGUCUGCUCUUUCCCUCUCACAUACCGACGCCCGACCCCCAACAGGCGGCCCAGCACCACCGCCCGCGAGCUCUGUUUAUGGUUCAGCAGCUGGUCGACCUCCCGCAGGGACCAGGAACCCGAGUCAGCUGUCUGGCAUUGCCCUCGGCUUGGAGGAUCACAAGCUGGGUGAGAAUCGGAAAUCUUCUCGCGCUUCCGACGAUGAGCGCGUAAUGUGUCACGGCUGGAUACACCUAUUAAAGUCCACCUCUGGAGUGAGACAAUGGAAGAAAGUUUGGAUGGUCCUCCGACCCAAAGGCCUUGUAGUUUACAAGACUGAGGAAGAGUACACGGCGAUGAUCGUGCUCCCAUUUGCUAGUAUAAUCGAUGCUGUGGAGAUUGACGCCAUCUCUAAGAGCAAGAGGUCCUGUAUGCAGGUCAUUAGCGAGGAGCGCAACUAUCGGUUUUGUGCUUUCGAUGAGGAAAGUUUGGCGAAAUGGCUGGGGGCUUUCAAGAGCUUACUUUCGAAGCGGAAGACGAAACCGAGUGUUUCGACGUGA